CUUUUUUCUUUUACUUGCUUUAUUUUUACAGGUGAAAGCACCAAAAAGCUCAUGGCAGAAGUAAAAGAACAGCAAUUAGUCGAGAACUUGGACAGCCAGGCACCCCCUGAGGAAGUCAUUGAUGAAACUUUUCAGAUAACCAUCAAAUUACCUGGAAAGCCUCAUGAAAUCAAAAUCAUUACAAGUCCUCGUGAAUCAAUUCAAGAUAUCAAGCAAUCUAUUAUGGAAUCCCCCGAGACUUGUGUUCAUUCUUGCUUUUACUUGAGCUUUAAUGGAAAGAGAAUUAAUGAUUUUAUUGAGUUGGGUGAAGUAGAAGGCAUCGCGGCUGAUAGUGUGCUUGAACUUGUUGAAGCCAACUACACUGAACAUGAUGUUAGGCUUCAUAUCACUCGUCUUCGUGACCUCUUGGGUGGACCUUAUAAACCAAGUCCAUCAUCCAUUGGCAUUGAUCCAGCCAUUUCCUUUUUAACGGCUGUCACGGGCGAAAUCGACGAAGAAAUCGUUUCAGAAGCUGAAAAGAAAUUGGAUGAUUUGUUUUCUGACGAGCCUAUUCCUGAACACACAUUUACCAACAAGGACAUCAAUGAACCUUUUAAACUUUCCAACAUUGUGCCCAGCGGCUUUCAGAAAAUGGCACCUCAGUGUCUUCGAAGCUUAACACUCUCUGGAUGGAACCCAGUGCCUCAUCAACGAAAGUUGAAAGGUGAUUUGAUGUAUCUCGUUGUCACAACAUUAGAAAAUGAUACUGUACACAUCACUGCUUCUACCAAGGGAUUCUUUGUCAACAAUUCCAACCACCACGUAUUCGAUCCUUCACCUAAGCGUGUCUCUGCUCAUUCAUUAAUCACCCUCUUGCAAAAGAUUUCACCCUUGUUUGCAGCCAACUUUGCCAAACUACAAGAUUUUAUCACACAGCAUCACAUGCUUGAAGUGCUUCCUGUCAACACUUGCUAUCCCAGCCAUCCUUGGGCUGUCGAAAGCCCUGAGCACUUUUAUGAUCCUGCUAGGCCUGUAGAGCCUCUACUUAACUUUGGAGCAGAUGCAGUCGAAUCUCUUCGUGACUGGAAUGAUGAACUUCAGUCUCAUCGUGAACUUCCCAAGACAAAUCUUCAAGAACGUGUGCUUCGUGAACGCUUGAUCACCAAGGUUCAAGCCGAAUUCACAGAGGCUGCUGUUCGUGGUGCUAUGGCUGUCGUCAACGGAUCUGUGCUUCCAUUAAACCCUCUUGAGCCCGAAACAUCUCACAUGUACGUAUACAACAACAUCUUUUUCAGUAAAGGAAAUGAUGGACGUGGUACAUUCGAAAACUUGGGUGCUGAUGAGGCUGCUCAUGUAGCUACUGGCAAGGACCUCGAAGGCGUCAAACUUCUCAACAGUAUUGAUCCUGAAGGACUUUACACAUUGGCCAGCGUUAUCGUUGACUAUAAGGGUAUCCGUAUUGUAGCUCAGAGUAUUGUUCCUGGUAUCUUCCGUCGUCAAGAUGAAGAUGCUAUCGUAUACGGUUCAGUCGAUAACGGGGCAAAGAUCUCAUCUGAUUCCAAAUUUCAUGAAGCUAUUGGUAAAGAAAUUGCUAAAUCCCUUCACUUGGAAGAACAUGCUGUCAUUGAUGAAAAGGGUGACAAGCACACAUUGUUUACCUCUCAGGAAACCAAGGGCCUUCUAGGUGCUGACGGCCGUCGUUACAUGUUGGAUCUCUACAGAUUGAAUCCUGUUGAUAUCGAGUUCCAAGAAAACGAGUGCGUCGAAAAGGACGAUAAGCCUGCCUAUCCUCACAAGAUGACUUUGUUAAGACCUGAACUGAUGAGCCUUUUCUGGGAACAAAAGUUCAGACAAUGGGUUAAGGAAAAGACCGAACAAAUCAGAAAGGAAAGAGGCAUCACUGCUGAUACCGAAAAGAAGGAAGCUGAGGGUUCAACUGAAGAAAACAAGGCAGAAGAAGACAAGAAGGAAGAGCAACAAGAGGAAGAGAUCAAGAUUGAUGUAAAUGAAUUCCAACUCAACUUCAAUCCUGAUGUCUUUACCUCUGCCAAGCAACCCACGGACGAAAUCAAGAAGCAACAAGACAUUAUCCGUGAAGCAUCCAAGUUUUUAAGGGAUGAGGUUGUACCCAGCAUUGUUCUCGAUUUUGCUUCCUACGCUAUCUCGCCUCUUGAUGGUGAUGCGCUCACCAAGGCUAUGCACCGUCGCGGUAUCAACAUGCGUUACCUUGGUAAGCUUGCCGAAUUGGUCUCACUCAGUAAAGACAAGCGUAUCGAACAUAUUCUCCACCUUGCUAUUCGAGAAAUGAUUGUCCGUGCCUCUAAGCGUGUUCUUCGCAAUUACCUUGUCGAUUGCAGCAUGGAAGAAGCUCCUCUCUGUGUCUCUCACUUUUUGAAUUGUUUACUUGGUGCCAAGUUCAACCCUAAGCCUUUGCCCGUACUACCCGAAGGUGCCAACCGAAACGACUAUGCAUGGUCUCAGCUUACACCUCAUACUCUCAGAAACUUGUUGAUCAAACAGGUUCUUCUUCGUUUCCGCUACAAGCUCACUGAAGAAGACUUUGACCAGCUCAAGUUGGUCCCUACCUUGCGUGAAAUUUGUUUGCGCGUUGGUAUCCAGACUCAAGCCAGAGAUUAUCGCACUGAACCCUACACAGAAGAAGAACGAGCAGCCCAUGCAGCUGAGGAUGCUGCUUACCAGGCUGCCAUCGAACGAAAGAAGCAAGAAAGUAACCGUGGUAAAAAGUCCAAAAAGAGCAAUGCCAACCUGCAGCGUCCUUCUAGACGCACGACUACCUUCUUGCCUGAUGAUAUUAUGAACAUCAUGCCUACCGUAAAGCAAGCUGCUGCUCGAAGCGUCUUUGCAGAGGAAACUUUCGAAGCUGGCAAGAUGAGCAUUGCUCAGGGCCACAAGCAGCUUGGCUUGGAACUCUUGCUCGAAUCUUUAGCUCUUCAUGAACAAACGUAUGGUUUCCUUCAUCCUGAAACCAGUAAAUGUUAUGCUACAUUGGCCAUGAUUUAUCAUCAUAACGAAGAUCGUGAGUCCGCAUUGGAUCUUCAGCGUAAGGCUGUUAUCUCUGCUGAGCGAACCUGUGGUAUAGAUCAUCCAGAGACAAUUCAUCAUUAUUUGAAUCUUGGUUUGUUUGAGCACGCAGCUGGCCGUACUAAACUUGCUCUUCGUUAUAUUGGUCACGCAUUGAACUAUUGGGAUCUUUUGAUCGGACCUGGACAUCCUGAUUCAGCUACUGCUGAUAACAAUGCUGGCGUCAUGCUUCAAUCUCUUCGUGACUAUCCUACCAGUACUAAGUUCUUUGAAAGAGCUUGUGAAACUCAAGAAACAGUAUUGGGUAAAGAUCAUGUCAUAACAGCAACAGGAUAUCACGUUCUUGCAAAGGCAUAUACCCUCGAAGGUGACUUUACAAAGGCCUUGGCUGCUGAAAAAAUUGCUUAUGGUGUCUUUGAAAAGAAACUUGGACCUGAAGACCCUCGUACAAAGGAUAGCGACUUGUGGUUGAAGGAGUUGACAUCGAACGCUGUUCUUAUGGCUCAACGCGCUCGUCAACAACAACAGCAACAACAGCAACAACAACAGCAACAAACAAGAGCCAUGGCCACACCUGCUUCUACCUCUGAGCCUGUUCGUGGUGACCUUCCUAUUGACCAAGUUUUACAAUAUAUCAACAGUCCUUCUACAUCAAAGAAAGGCAAAAAGAAGAAUCAAAAGAAGAAAUGAUAGAUUAGAGAAAUAAAAUAAAACCAACUGUUUAUUUGUUAGAUAUGUAAUAGUUAUAAAAUAAUAAAAUAUAGUACCAAUUAUACAAUUGUUGGCUAAUUAGACAAGUGGAUG